AUGGACGUUCAAAUAGAUUUAAUUUUUUUUUUCAAAUUCCUCACUCAUUUUGCAGUCGUGAGUUCAACGGCUAGUCUAUCUAUCUAUUUAUCUAUAGCUCCAGACUUCAUUAUCUCUCUCUCUCUCUCUCUCUCUCUCCCUCCAUAUCUAUCUAUCUAUCUAUCUAUCUAUCUAUCUUUGUUUUUCCUUUCUUUUUCCUUCCUUUUCUUUCUCUCUCUUUCUCUCUUUUUCUUUCUCUCUUUUUCCUUUCAUCGUGUUCCUUCCCUCUCUCUAUUUCUCUCUCUCAUGCACAUACAUUCUGUCUUUCAAACAAUCUAUGACUCCCUCUUUUCCUUUCAUCUUGUGCCUUCCUUAACCUCUCAUAUUUCUCUACUCCAUAUACAUUCUCUUCCUCUCUCUCUCUCUUUAUCUAUCAGUUUUCAUUUCAUCUUGUGCAUUCCUUCCCUCUCUAUCUUUCUCUCCUCCUUAUAUAUUCCCUUUCUCACCCUCUCUCUCUCUCUCUCUCUCUCUUUCAGUAUCUAUCUAUCUAUCUAUCAGUUUUCCUUUCUCGUUGUUCCUUACUUUCCUCUCUUUCUCUCUCUCUCUCCGUCGCUCUCUCUACCUCUCUCAAUUAUCAUUGAUUAUAAUUUCUUUUCGAUUAAUUUUCAUUCAAACAAUUUACAAUUCCAAUAA